AUGCAGAUCGCCGUGUUUGCCCUCACAAUGGAGGAGGCAGCAAUGCUGGAUGCAUACUAUACAUGGAUCCGCCCUGACUUCAUCCGGCCGGAUGUAGACAGUGCAGACAGGUUGUUUGUUUCUUCGUCAGGCACGGAAAUUAAGAGUGCGACCAACGACCUCUCUCGUCUGCACAUUCACUACAAACUACGCAACAUCACGAGCCAGCAGAUACGUCGGACCGUGGAGACAGAUGUGGCUGACAACUUUACAGAGGAGCAGAAGGCGUCUGUGGCCCACUACAUGGCCCAUUCCAAUGCAGUGGCAAACCAGCACUAUAGGAUGAAGACCCUAGAUGCUAUUGUGGCCACUUCAAACCUGCUCAGCUCCCUGACACGCUCCUCUUCUGACGACUCUGGCGACGAGGGCACCCUGGCAGUGAAGAGAAGGCGGGUGAAAGAAGAGGUUGGCAGCCCAGCCCCGGACUUUAAUGCUUUCCUGCAGGCCUUCCCUGUGGGAAUCACUGGCAAACCACCCAACAAGACCCAGAGAGAAAAAGCUGGGUUCCCCGGCGACAGAGUCUUUUAUGACAAGUGGAGGGCUCUGCAGUACAGCCUUCGGGAGCAACAUCUUUUGUCAAAAUUCUCAAGACGUGCCCCAACUGCAGCGAUGGUGGCCAAAGUCAUAGAUGCAGAGGGCUGGACAGCCAAUCAUCCUCGUCCAGAGGACAUCAUGGCGAAGUGGAGGCCGCUCAGCAGAGCACAGGCGGAGAGUGACCCGGGCAUCAUCAAGAGGGUGACCAGGCAGAAAUGGUCGGGUCUGGUUGUGAAGGCCUUUGGGGAACAGAAAGGCGUUGUUGCAACCAAGGCCUUCGGGAAGGGCUCGAUCCUGUGA